ACAUGAUCGGAAUGUGAUCAGGUGACACGAAGCUACGAACGGUGGAGCGCACAUUUGGAAAAGCCUCAAGAGAGUGUCUAAACAUGAGUGUUCUGCUGUUUGCCUUCGUUUUGGUGUUGGACCUCACCUGUAUCGCGACUGGGCAACCUAGAAUUCCUCCUCAUGAAGAGAUAGCACGGGUUGCACGAUUUGUUGUUAACCAAUGCGAGUGGGCUUCAAUGGCUACUAUCUCAACUCAUGACCCAGUGAAAGGACAACCUUUCUCCAACGUAUUUUCUAUAAGCGAUGGCCCAGUGAGUUACGGGACAGGGAUUCCGUAUAUGUAUUUGACUCGCAUGGAGAUAUCCGUGAAGGAUUUGGAGGUGAAUCCCCAGGCAUCACUCUGCGUGUCUUUGGCUCAAACGGAUUUCUGUAAGAAACAAGGCUAUGACCCCCAAAGUCCACUGUGUGCUCACAUCAUCCUCUCAGGGUCUGUGGUGGAGGUACAGAACAGUACAGUAGAGGCCUCUGUGGCUAAAAAGGCCUUGUUCAGCCGCCACCCAGAAAUGCUGGACUGGCCAACUGAUCACAACUGGUUCUUUGCCAAGAUGAACAUCACUCAGGUGUGGGUCCUAGACUACUUUGGGGGGGUGAAGACAGUCACCCCGGAGGCAUACUUCAAGGCCACACCCUACUAGAAACACCGUACCCCCGUAUCUGAUGGUCUUUGGUUCUCAGCCCACCGCUGGACUUGAACUGACUGACUCAACCUGCCCUGUACACCUUCAUCCAGGCCUUUCUUCCUUCGCUGUAAAUCCUGAAGCCAGUGAAGUUUUCUUCCUCCAUCCACAUACACAAAAACUUAAAGAGCUUUCCCCUUAUUUCCCAAACUGCCCAUAUCUGUGUUGAUCCCCCUCUCUCAGAGUCGAAGCCAUGUGGUCUGCCUGCGAGUCAUCUUCCACCCCUGUUCUCCCAUCCUCUGGUUUGUUCUUCUGUAGCCUACCAGGGUGCAUCUACUUGGUUUUAUCUGCUACAGUUGGGGGUCUAUUCCGUCAUGCCAGUUGUCUUUCCCUUGUUGUCAGCUGUCCUAUUCACAGCAGUCACUAGGUACUCUAGACAAGGCAUUUUAGUAAUAAUCAGGAACAUUUUUUAAAUUCCUUGAGCUAUCGGUUGGGGACCUCCCACAGCAGCCAAUCAUCUCAUUGCCACAUACCCAGCAACCUAACCUAACAAAUAUGACAAUUGCCCAACCAAUGAUCCAGAGCAGCAGGAUACAACAACAAUGCACAACUGGCUGGUGAGAGCCGCAACACGCACCGCAUGUUUUACCCGGGAUCCGUAAAGGCCGUACAGUCUGUAGUCCACAACUGUAGUACACAACAACAUGACUGCCCAACCAUAAAAUCUGAGCGGCAGGAUACAACAACAACAACAGCAACAUUUAACUGGGGUUUUCAAGCAGGUACUUUCCUUCAUCGGUGCUUCUUGCAGAAGGUUCAGCAGUGGUAUCUGGCGUCCCAGAACCCCCUCCAUACUCAUACUGGGUUAGGACACAUGUCACUACAAGAGAAAACAGAUACACCUCAACAACAUUUCAAAAAUCUAUGUGUUCGUUCAGGUCAGUUCACGACCUCAAGUAGUCUGCGAACACCUCAUUGGCCACCACUGGCACACCUUUUUAGCGGCCUUUAAAGCUCCUUUGAGUGACCAGAACCAAAGCCAACAGAAGUGCUGUGGUCGAUUAAGCUACAAAGCCUCCUAACACCUAUUUCCACUGGUCUUGUGUGUGCUUGCCAACCUCGUUGCCUCGCUUCACCAUGUCUGGUCUCAUAGCAGUCACAACAAUACACUGUGGAACUUGAAGAUCAGCCAGCAAUCCCCAAUCCUGCGCUUUGCCUCAUUUGCCAGUACUGUUUGCAUGUACCUGGAGUAGGAGGAGAAGAAAAGAGACAUAGUGAGUGGACAGAGCUGGGCUGCCUUAUCUUUGGAUAUGUAAUGAUAGGUUAUGGUGAUGAGGAACAAUGUUAUGGAGAUCAGGAACAAUGUUAUUACAGCCACCAGCAUUGCAGGUAAAGGCCCUACUAUAUGGGAGAGAACUGAGAUAGGUUACAAACAGAAUAUCAGAAAAUUGGUCGUACACACAAAAAGUAAAUAAAUAAACAAACAAACAAACAAACAAUUGAAUUGUAUUUCAACAUCAAUACAUGAAAUAAUGUUCUUGUUAUAAAUGUAAUGCAUUCAUUUGAUGUGGAGUGUGUAUAGAGGAUUUAUGUUGUAUCAUUAGUAUCACUCUGGUCUGAGUUUGGCAGUAAAAACUUUGCUUUGUUCACAGAAAACUCCUUCCUGAGUGACAGACAUUGGAUCAGUGUCCUUGUUUACCUUCUACUGGGCUUUGAAUUGGAAUCCAUUUUUCAUAUGACAUGGCUUUUACAAGAUAAAAGGCUUGCCUAUGAGUGAAAAUGUUAUGAAAUGAAAUCAGGGAAAGUUUGAGACUACCCACAUGUAUGUGGGUCUAUGUCUAUGUACCUCAAACAUGGUUAUGUUUGAUAAUUGUAUGUAUUAUUAAUAAGUAGAGAAAAAAAAUCCAUAAAUCUGCAAAAUAAUUCUCCCUCAAAUUUAUAUUUAAUUUUAAACACUUCAUCACAGCAUAUUAACAAAACGUUAUUUUUAGCAGAAAACACCAGAACAUUCUGUAAUAUCUUACAAAUGUGAUGUUGGAAAAAAAUGAAUGGAAAUAGCAGGUACUACAAUUUUUACCUUUUUCAAGUUUGUUAUACCAUCAUGUCAUCAACCAUUUGAACUGGCUAGUUUAAACACCAAGGUAAAGCACACUUAGGGUAUAUAAAUAUAUUUGUAUAUAAUGCAAACCAGAGUAUUUUAAAUCAACAGUCUGAUGGUUGGAUGGGUUCUCCAUCAAAGCUCGCUUUAGUUAAGGUAUUUGUUAUUUGAAUGCAAAGUAUAGCUUUUGAAAGCGAUAUUUUUGUAAAAUAAAGUAUAUUUACAUUUAAUUCUGACAUUCAUAUAUUCUGAUUUAAUUCUGACAUUUUGUCAGCUUCUUUGAAUGUGUCUAAUUUGACUGUGGGUGCACUAUAUGAAAUAAAAUUGACAUUCAAAACGGC